GAGAUUUUCGAUUGAUACCGAAAACUGUAGUGCAGUUUUAUUUUGCCAAAAGGUGUAACUCGUGUUUCUUAGUCAUAGCUUACUCUCAUGUCUCACACCGUCUGCUGGGAGUGGAGCUUCAGAGAAGCAGAACCACCGGCGGAGGAGCACGGAUGCAAACAGGCCUGACAAAGACAGUGUGGACAUAAAUAGCAAGUGCAUUUUGUUCCUGUGAUACUAACCUGAAAUAAACCAGAAACCACAUGCGAGCCUAUGGACGACCUAUGGGGAGCAGAACCAAGUAAUGGUGAUACUGAUGAAAAUGGGAAUUCUACAAGAGUCAAACGUACCAGAAGUAGAAAGAGCAAAAGUAAGGUGGCGACAGAUGGAGGAGGAGAAGGAGGAGGUGUUGAAUGUAUAGGAUGGAGAAGCAUGUUAAGGGUGGAGACAAUAGGUGCAGGUGAAGAUGGCAGGAUGGAAGCAGGUGGGGUGUCUGGGAGUGGCAGAGGAGGAGGAGGAGGAGGAGGAGGGGCCAAACAGAAAGGAGGAGCAGGUAGUCAGGGGGGAGGUGCUAAACAAAAGGGAGGGGGAGGUGCUGGAGGAGGAGCAGGAACAGGAAGUCAGGGGGCAGGUGCCAAACAGAAGGGAUGGGGAGGUGCUGGAGGAGGAGGAGGAGCAGGAACAGGAAGUCAGGGGGCAGGUGCCAAACAGAAGGGAUGGGGAGGUGCUGGAGGAGGAGGAGGAGCAGGAACAGGAAGUCAGGGGGCAGGUGCCAAACAGAAAGGAUGGGGAGGUGCUGGAGGAGGAUGGAGGGGUAGUGAUAGAAGUGGCGGAAGUAAAGAGGGAAGCUGGCAAAGUCAAAAUGGAGAGAAAGGUUUGGGUGGAAAAGAUGGAUGGAGAAGAGGAGGCGGACAGAGUGUGGAUAGGAGGGGAGGAAGAGGAGGUGGGAGGGAAGAUGGUGGAGGAGACAGAGGAGGUAAAAACGGUGGAAGAGCAGAAUCCACGGACAGAACCGGGGCACCACGGGGCAACGGCCUUGGCUAUAAAUCACUGCAAGAACUCUCCGAAAAAGACCCAUCCUUGGUGGCCAUCACCCUGGCGUCCAAACCGGCUCUGAAAGAGGUCCUGAGUGAGUCAAUGAUGAGGAAGGACAUGGUGGAGCUCUUCUGCCUGGUUAUGAGCAAGGCCUUCAAAGCAAGGACAAGCAGAGUGACCCUGCAGCACCUGGCCGGCAUCAUCAAAGAUUCUGGGUUCCUCCGCACAGUACUGCCUCACUAUGUGGUGGGCAUGAGCUUAGAAUCCAACCCUGACCGCAGGGCUCGAUACCCUCUGCAUCUGGAAAACAUUGUGGCUAUUCUGUCUGAGGUCUGCGAAACAUUCCCCAGGAGCUCACUCUCCACAAUCACUUUGUCAGUGACACUGAUUCAAACCUCCAUCAACAGCCUCAGGGCAUCACAAGUUGUAAUCCAGCCUGAAGUGGAGCAGAAAGUGGAGCGUCUUCAAGGCCUGGUCAAGAACCUUGAGGAGAGAUCCUGGGAGGGAACCCUGGGCUCGGAUAGGGAUGCCUCUGCCCUCCUAACCAACAGGGGUGAAUACCCAGGUGAAGAGGACUUGGGAGAUUUCCGAGCCAUACCCAUCUUCCCGACUUAUGAAGAGCUCCAUAAGGAUGAAAGGCCCUUCCUCAGACGCAACAUCACCUCGAAGCGCUACACAAACACCCACGAGUACCUCGACACACACUUCCGGUUGCUGAGAGAGGACUUUGUGCGGCCGCUCCGCGAGGGAAUCCAGCAGCUCCUCUGGAACCAGAAGGACAUGGGAAGGAGUGACGAUACUCUGAAGAAGAAGCAGUUUGAUGACAUCAGAGUGUAUUUUGACACCAAGCUGUUGGUGCCAAAGUGCACACACACUGGGCUUGCUUAUGAAGUCCAGUUUGAUGUGCAGCCACUGAAGUUUGUGCGCUGGGAGAACACCAAGAGGCUUAUCUUUGGAUCCCUGGUCUGCCUGUCAUGUGACAACUUCCAAACCUUCUUAUUUGCCACUGUGUCAGAUCGCGAGCCAAAGGACCUGUCUAAGGGACUGCUCCAGAUUUCCUUUACUAAAGAAAGCAGAGCAUUGUUGGCCACAAUUCAGAAAAGUCAGCCAUUCCUGAUGGUGGAGACAACAGCCUACUUUGAGGCUUAUCGCUACGUCCUCGAGGGCCUCCAGGAACAGAGGGAGGACAGACUGCCCUUUGAGAGGUACAUCGUGGAAUGCAGCUCAGAUGUGGAACCUCCAGCCUAUCUGCGGAGAAAUGACAUUUAUGACCUGAAAGCCAUCGCUGAACCAAAACACAAACGCACUAUUAAGCCUUUUCGCAGCCUGCACCCAAAGACUUGGCCAAAAUUGGAGGAGCUGGGGCUGGAUGAGUCUCAGAUGAGAGCCUUUAAGCUGGCCCUCACCAAGGAGCUGGCAAUCAUACAGGGACCUCCUGGCACUGGGAAAACCCAUGUUGGUCUUAAAAUAGCUCAGGCUCUGUUGACCAAUCAGGAUCUCUGGAGAAACAGAAACGAUGCAGUUCCCAUGUUGGUAGUCUGUUACACUAACCAUGCCCUGGAUCAGUUCCUGGAGGGUAUUCAUAAGUUCCUGCGAGAUGGCAUUGUGAGAGUAGGAGGCCGCAGCAGCAGUGAGAUCCUGAAGAACUUCAAUCUCAGAGAACUGCUUCACUCAAAGACCUCCAACACGGCAAGACCCUAUCAGCUGCGUUUUGCACAACGUGAGAUUUACAAAGACCUUGAAGAGGAGGAGAAGAAGAUAAAGGCUGAGACUCUGAAGAUGGAGUGUUGUCAGAAAGGCAUCCUGUUUGAAGCCUACCUCAAGAACUACAUUUCAGUCAUACACUGGACCAGUCUGCAUCAACAACCUGUUUUGCAGACUUAUGAUGGCUUUGAGAUGUGGAGUGAGAAGAAGUCCGAUCUGCUGACGGAGUGGUUGGGUUUGAGUUCUGUCACAUUCCAGCAGAGGGAGACAGAGUAUGCAAAUGUAUUUGCAGUCAUGCCAGAUGCAGCACCAGAGGGAGCAAUGGAGAUGGAGAUGGAGAAAGAGGACCUCAUUGACAUCAUAGAGGAAGCAGAUAUGAUCCUUGCAGACCGGAUUAUUGAAGACCACCCCGGCCCCAGAGAAAACAGAGAAGUCAGAGAAGCCAGAAAGAAGGAACACAUGAAGCAGGCUCUCAGAGAGGCAGAAGGAAUGAUGCUUGCUAUGAACCUGGGUGAAGCUGAAAUCCAGGUUGAACAGAGCGAGCAGAACGGAGGAGUAUGGGAGAUUCAACCAGAAGAGAGGAAAAGAAUAAAGAACUACAUCAAGAAAGAGCUGGGGGAGACCUCCAUCAUGUCCGCUACAGAAGAGAGGGCUGUGGAGAACGUUUGGACCCUGAGCAUGCGAGACAGAUGGAGACUCUAUCGGUUGUGGGUGGCACGCUACCGGGAGGAGCUUUCCCUCCGAGUCCAACAGUGUGAACAAGACUAUCAGAACGCAGUGGACAGACUGGCUGAAGUCAAACGACAUGAGAGCCUCCUUGUGCUGAAGAAUGCCAAGGUUAUCGGGAUGACAACAACGGGGGCAGCCAAGUUCCGAAAACUCCUGCAGGAAGUGCGUCCACGUCUGGUCAUUGUUGAGGAAGCUGCAGAGGUUCUCGAGGCUCACACAAUCACCACACUGAGUGAAGCCACCGAACACCUCAUCCUCAUCGGAGACCACCAGCAGCUGCGCCCCAGUGCCACAGUCUAUGACCUUGCCAAGAACUACAACCUGGAGAUGUCCAUGUUUGAGAGGCUGGUGAAGAUGGAAGUCCCUUUUGUCAGACUCAACUACCAGCAUCGUAUGAGGACAGAAAUUGCCCGUCUUCUGACCCCACACAUAUACUCCGAGCUGGAAAACCAUCCCUCUGUGUUGGAAUAUGAAAACAUCAAGGGCCUUGACUCCAAUAUGUUCUUUGUGGAGCACAAACAGCUUGAAGGAAACAUCAAAGAUGGAAAAAGUCACAAGAACAUGCACGAGGCAGAGUUUGUAGUCGCUCUUUGUCGCUAUUUUCUUAAUCAGGACUACAAACCAGAGCAAAUUACCAUCCUCACUACCUAUACAGGCCAGCUGUAUUGUCUGCGAAGCAUCAUGCCUGCGAAAGAGUUCAACGGGGUCAAAGUGCAUGUAGUGGACAAGUACCAAGGAGAAGAGAACGACAUUGUAUUGUUGUCUCUGGUCCGCAGCAACCACCAAGGAAAAGCUGGCUUUUUGAACAUUCCUAAUCGCGUCUGCGUAGCCUUGUCUCGUGCGAAGAAAGGUCUUUACUGCAUUUGCAACAGAGAAAUGCUGGGUAAAAUCAAACUGUGGAGCAACAUUUUCAGCACCUUGGAAGAAAACGACCAAAUUGGGAGUGCCCUGACACUGCGCUGUCAGAAUCAUCCGGAUCGAGAGGUAAAAGCUUCUUGUGCCGAAGAUUUCAAACAAGCACCUGAGGGGGGCUGCACCCUGCCCUGCGAGUAUCGUUUGGAUUGUGGCCAUGUUUGCACAAGAGUCUGCCACCCCUACGAUCCCAAACACGAGAAGUACAGGUGUGGGAAGCACUGUACGAAGACUUUAUGUGACCUGGAACACAAGUGCCCAUUGCAGUGCUAUCAAGAAUGCCCAAAGAAUUGUACAGUGAGGGUUGAGAAGAUCAUACCCCAUUGUCAACACACACAGAAGGUUCCCUGCCACCAGGACCCGUCAUCUUUCACAUGCAGGAUGCCCUGCCAGAGGCUGCUUAGCUGUGGGCAUCCAUGUGACUCAUGGUGCGGGUUGCCAUGCACGAGCAGGUGCAUGGUGCAGGUCACCUUAGAGCUGAGAUGUGGCCACAGCACGCAGGGUGCUUGCUUUUACAAAACAGUGCCGGAAGAGCCUGAAUGCAAAGUUCCUUGUAAGCAUCAGUUAAAAUGUGGCCAUGCCUGUCGGGGAACAUGUGGCAGGUGUUUUACGGGAAUGUUCCACUGCUCAUGUUCUCACCAGUGUGAGCGUAUCCUGAUCUGCUCUCACAAGUGCCAGGAGCCUUGCACGCGGAACUGCCCCCCCUGUAAGAGAAAGUGUGAGAACCGCUGCGUCCACAGCAGGUGUAACAAGCCGUGUGGAGAGCCCUGCGCUCCAUGCAACGAGCCUUGUGAUUGGCAGUGCCCUCACCAAAGCUGCACCAAGCUUUGCCACGAGCCAUGCGACCGUCCACCAUGCACCAAACCCUGUGAGAUCACCCUGGGCUGUGGUCAUCCAUGCAUCGGUCUGUGUGGAGACAAAUGUCCCAGCAAAUGUCGCGUCUGUGAUCGCGAGGAUGUCACAGAGAUUUUCUUUGGCAUGGAGGAUGACCCUGAGGCCUGCUUCAUUCAACUAGAAGACUGUGGUCACAUCAUUGAAUACUCAGCCAUGGACACAUACAUGGGGAUGGAUGACAACCAGCAGGGAGAUGAUGGAGGGGAGGUGGCGAUAAAACUGAAAGAAUGUCCCAAGUGUCGAACUCCAAUCCGCAAGAAUCUACGCUAUGGAUGUCAUAUCAACAGCAGUCUGGCUGAGAUAGAGAUGGUGAAGGCGAAGAUAAAUGGAGAUCAAGCCAAUUUAAAAGAGCAGAGGGAGGCUCUUAAAAAGCAGUGGAAGGAAAAGGUUUCAGCGUGCACGGUGCUUGAGCAUCGGGAGUACAUGAAUAUUGAGGCUCAGCUCGAAGGAAACAGUCUCACGGCAAAUGAUUUGUGGGUCCUGGAGAACAGGAUGGACUUUCUUCUAAGAAUCGCAAAAGUAAAGAAUAUCCAAAUGGAUAAAAUUCGCUUCGUUCAAACCAGCAGACUGGAAGAGAAGAUCAAAGAGUUUGUGCACUGGCUCAACCACAAACAGCAAAGAUUCACAGAGCAGCAGGUCUUUGAUUUGCAAAGAGAGCUACAGAGACUCAACCUUAUGACUGAACUCCACGUCCGAUGGGACAAAGCUGAGGAAAUAGGACAAACUGAAAAAAUCAGAUCGGAGUUGGCUGCAAUGAACGAAGCUCUGGCAAAGCCCGGCCAGUUCACCGAGCAAGAUGAAGACCGAAUCAAGAAAAUGAUGAAGGAACUAAACAGAAAGUUUCCAAUCACAGGCUUGAACAUCACCGAUGAGGAGAGGAAGAUGAUCGUCUCGGCUAUGAAAAUGCGCCAAGGUCACUGGUACAAGUGUCCGAACGGCCAUGUCUAUAUCAUAACUGAGUGUGGAGGCGCUAUGGAGAGUCGGCGCUGCCCUGAUUGCGGCGCAGUUAUUGGUGGGGGCAGUCACAGGCUGGCAAGCGGCAACCAAGUGGCUUCUGAGAUGGACGGGGCACAGCACGCUGCUUGGUCCGAACAGAACAACCUUCUCAACUUUGAAGAAUUCAACAACUGAGAGAACCGCCAUACCUCCACUGACCUAGCUGAUGAAUGCAAAGGUAGUAAUUGGCAAAGGGUUAUGGCUUUACUUGUAAUGAGCACUUCGAUUCACACUGGAGCAGAAAGGAUCUCUACUAAAGUCACUGAGAGAAAAUGCAGACACACAUUUCACUCUGCAGAAGGUCAGUCAUUUAACAGAUGGACGAGCUAGAGCUCUUCUUUUUUUUUUUUUAAACCUUUUUGCUUAAAACCGACGUCUGGAGUAAUUAAAACAAUAACCAGUGGCACUUUGUAUCUACUUUCAUACCCUUAUCUUUUCAUUGAUUUAGCAUUCUCUUGACUUUCAGUUUGUGCAGCAUUUUCCCAGUGUUUUAAGGCUGAAUAGCAGUUUUGUUGUAAUGAAUGUUUGGAGGCAGAGUUCAUGUAAAAGAUUCUUUAAUAAGUCUGAAAUAUGUGUUGUUGUUUUGUUUGAAUUGAAAAUAACCUGUCAACCCUUCCAAAUGUUGAAGACUCUUUGUGUAUGUAACAGAUGUCCCUGGCCUAAACAACAGGUGGCAGUAAAACUCUGUAAAAGAAUAUAUAGAGAGAUUACCUGAUGGUUCUCAUGUUUGUAACUUGUUAACAGAAUAAAGCAUGUGUUCACUUGUGAUUUAA